AUGCUCUACUCCCUCCGCUCCAACGCCCGGUACCAGCUCAUCGUGCUCUGCUCCGGCCUGCUGGGCUUGAUAUACCUUGCUCUCACCCAUGAGUUGCGUUUCUCCUCUCUCCGGGGACUGGUCAUGGCCCUCGCCUACGCCUGGGGCCUGGUGCUGGCCAUCUACCUGCUCGGCCACGGUCUGGUCGCCCUGCCUCGCAAGAUGUGGCGGGCGGCCUGGACGGGCCACAGGCUGCGCAGGCUGCAGCAGCGGGCGGUCCGGGUGCACGAUGCGCUUGUCGAGGCCGGCGGGAAGCUCGAGGAGCUCAGGAGCCUGGUCUCUCUGCUGCGGCGGAAGCGUGGGCUCAGCCUCGAGAUGCAGGAGUGGGUGGACGAGCUGGUUGACGUCGUUGCUGCUGCUGGCCAGGGUCAGGAUGUGCGACGAGGCGGGCCUGCUGCCGUUCAGAGUCUGCAGAGUGAAGGGAGAGCUUCAGUGCCGCAUGUCAUUACUGACCGGUACAUGGCGGGCCUGACCAGAGACCUCUACCGGGCCAGACACAAGCACGCCAGAUACGCGGAUGCCUGGUCCCGUCUCGUCCGCGAAGCUCUCGACUGCCAGACCAUACUUGACGCAGCAGCAUCAAAGCAGCUGGUCUUUGACUCUCGCUCGUCGUUGUCACCGUCAUCUUCUGGCUCUGGUCCUCUGUUGACUCCGUAUCUUCGAUACCUGAUGUAUACCCACCUGCUACCGGCCGUCUACAUCUGCCUGGCUGGAGUCUUCGCCUGUCUGUCCGUGUGCAUCCUCUGGUCAGAGCUUGUCCGCACAUUCUUCCCCUUUCUCUCCAUCGUUGCUCUCACGACACCUUCGUCCGAGCCUGUGGGCUUCCCUUCCCAGCUGCUCACCUCAGUCUGGCUUCUCUACCUCUGUGCUGCCGCUGGGACGGGCAUCUCAGACGCUCAGGUAUGGGGUAACCGGGCCCUUGUUCCACGCAACACCUACCACGAGUCCGCCUGCUGGUACGCCGGCCAGGUCGCCCGACUCACCGUUCCUCUGGCCUACAACUUCCUCACUCUCUUGCCCACAGACCUCCAACUAAGGACGACCUUCUACGACUUCCUGGGCAAGGGAAUCAACCUGACCCUGAUCGGAGAAGGCUUCGACCUGUUCUUCCCGCUGUUCAUCCUCUUACCCGUUGCUGCCACGGCGUUCAACCUCUACGGCAAAGUCAAGAGACUGGUGGGCUUGGGAGACAUGGAGAUCUACGACGACGACGAGGAAGACAACCCGUCAGGCUUCGGAACUGGUGGGUGGCGGGAGGGCCGCUCCCUCAUCGAAACCGAGUUGAAUGGACCAGGGUACCUUGGCCUGUCCAGCACCAGCAGAACCCCCAGGAGCAGCACCACCACCAGCAGGACGGCCGCUCACCGAGCCAACCUGCCCGACACCCUGCCACGCUACAGAGACGCACCACCACCAGCAACACCCAAUAGCAGAGGUACCGCUGCUGCAGCAGCACCUGCACCUGCACACACUUCUGCCUCUACUUCUGCUCCACGGCCGGCAGGCGGAGAGGAGGACGAGGAGGACGAGGGAUUCUUCCAGUCGUUUGCCCACCGCGUCCGCAACACCAUCGACACCGCCAGCACGCCCAAGUGGCUGCAGGACGUCGACGCAGGCUUCAAGCGGCCGCGGUGGAUGGGCGGCACCGACGACGGGGAUGCUCCUGGUCCCUCCUCGUCCUCGCCAUCCACCGACUCGUCCGCCUUUGCCAGAUGGUUCGGCGGCGGCGGUGGUUCUGGUGGAGUGCGGCUCUAA